AUGGUUGACCAGAAUUGUGUCCCUCAUGGUGGACACUGGGGCUACGAAGAUCAAGCUGCCUGGUCCUCUGAGUUCUCACACUGCAGUGGAAAAUCCCAGUCUCCCAUUGACAUUGAUACCAGGAGAGCCCUCUAUGACCGCAGCCUGCCACCCAUAACUCUGGAAGACUAUGAUCUGACAGACAGCUCAGAAUUGACACUGUUGAACAACGGCCAUACCUUGCAGCUGGUCCUGCCCAACACCAUGCGCAUCACCAGUGGGUUUGACAACGAGUUCCGUGCCGCCCAAUUGCAUUUCCACUGGGGGACCAAAGAGGUGCCAGGAUCUGAACACACCAUAGAUAACGUCCAUUUCCCUGCAGAGAUCCACAUAGUUCAUUACAACUCUAAAUAUGCAAAUCUGUCCGAGGCAGCCAGCAAAUCAGAUGGCCUGGCUGUAUUAGGGGGGCUUCAUCGGGAGUCUAACACUGAGAUCCCUGCCUUCAAUGUCCGUCAUCUUUUGCCAAACAAGCUGGAGCGCUUCUACAGAUACAAUGGCUCCCUUACCACUCCUCCCUGCUUCCAAACUGUCAACUGGACAAUGUUCAAUGAUACCAUCACAGUGUCCAGGAGGCAGCUGGGUGCUCUGGAGGACACCCUGAAAGCAGGCCAACACCAGCACCUGACCAAGAACUUCAGAGCACCUCAGCUUCUGCAUGGGAGACACGUCCUCGCCUCGUUCACAGACACUCCCACCAUAGUCGUUGCAGGACAUCCAAGUAUCUCUAUCAACACCUUGUCGGAGACUGAUGCCUCUAACAAUGAAGGGCCAUCAACUGGGCCAUCUGGUAAGCAAAGUAUGAGGGCUAAUAAUCAUGUGUUGACUAUGCAGGCCCCAAUUGCCAUCCAUUUAAAAAAAUAUAUGGUAGCCCUGUCCCAGAUCAGUUUGUGCUAUCAUUUCAACAUGGUUUGGCAUGACAAAGAGUGACAAGGAGUUGAUAAGUAGCUGACCUGAGCACAAACAGAUCUGGGACCAGGUUAAAACACUGGUGAGCACAAACAGAUCUGGGACCAGGUUAAAACGCUGGUGAGCACAAACAGAUCUGGGACCAGGUUAAAAUGCUGGU